GCCCCGGACCGCGUCACGUGUCGGAAAAAUGGCUGCGCCCGGGCGCGUUGCGCAGAGGUUGGAGUGAGCCUUCGCGUGGCUGAGGAAGACCAGAGGAGGCCCCGACUGCUGGAAGGAGAAAGUAAGGGCAAAGAUCCUAUCAUGUUAUGUAACCAAGGCCCUCAAGAAAUUUGCAUCCAAGAAACAUAGAGAUAUACAUCAUCAAAAAAUAGUAUUUUAAUUUAAGGCUCAAGAUGGAAAAUCAUGAACCAGAUGAUACUAUCAAGGAAAACUUAAUUGAUAUCAUAACCAGAAAAACCAGCCAACUUCCAGAAGCAGAAAGGAAUCUGCUUGAAAAUGGAUCAACAUACAUUGGAAUUAAUGCUGCUCUCUGUGGCCUAAUAGCAAAUAGUCAUUUUCGACGCAUCUUACAUGUGACACAGGCUCGUAUAGCUGCUGGCUUACCAAUGGCAGUGAUCCCAUUUUUGACAGCACACGUUUCUUACAAAGGUUUUAUAAGCUUACCUUUGAAUACAGGUGAUUUGCAUUGUGAAACCUGUACCAUAAUACGAGGUGGAUUGGUUGGUCUUGUUUUUGGUGGUCUGUAUCCUGUUUUCUUGGCUCUACCUGUGAAUGGUGGCCUUGCAGCCAGGUAUAACUCAGCACUGCUACCUGAGAAAGGAAACAUCUUAAAUUACUGGAUGAGGAUUUCUAAGCCUGUCUUUAGAAAGAUGUUAUUUCCCAUUUUGCUCCAGACUGGGUUUGGAGCAUACCUUGGGUCUAGACAAUAUAAAGUACUUAUAAAGGCUCUUCAGUUACCUGAACCUGGCCUGGAAAUGCACUGAUUCUAAAACAAGUCUGUACACAAGAAUAAAAUUAUAAAAAAUAA